UGACUUUACCUUCAUGCUGCUGCUUGUCUUUUAUAAACCUGAGAGCACAAAUGGAAUUCAAGAGCUUGAAAACAGCAGAUAAACUGAAGGAUGUGACGUGUCACUGAAAUACAAAACCAGAUGACUGACAACAGACAGCGAGACACGAGAAUCACAAACAGUCCAAAUAGGUGCCUCACACAAACCAGCCUUGAGGGCACCAGUAAGAGAGCUGAGUGAACAGGAAGACGAAGGACACUGGGGCGUAGCUGACAGGAUACAACUGUCCGAAAAAUGUCCGAAGGACAGGACCAAAAACAUGGUUCUGAAUAACCUGGCGACCCAGCUUCAAACCCUGCAGGUGGAGCUGACCGCCACGAAGCAGGAGUUGGCGGAGACCAAGACCCGGCUCGCAGCAGCUGAAGUAGCUAGACCAGAGCCCGCACAGCCUCAUCCUCCUCCACUUGUGCCUCUCAGCGAGGCAGAUGACAUCGAGGCAUACCUUUCCACAUUCGAGAGGACGGCCACGAGGAAUCUGUGGCAGCGUACGGAGUGGGCCUCUAUCAUAACGCCGUACCUGAAGGGCAUCGCGCAGAAGGCCUAUCACGACCUCCCCAUCGACGAAGCUGUCCAGUAUGACCUCCUAAAGGCUGAAAUCCUGAGCCACUACGGCGUCACGUCGGACCAGCAGGCAAGUGAAUGGAGGCACUGGCGAUAUGACCCCGAUCUCCCGGCCCGAGCCCAGGGUUUCAAAUUCUGGGGCAAAAUGGGGUGCUGGCUGAGGCCAGACAUCAAUCAGGGUCGGCAAAUAGUAGAGCAAGUGGCCUGUGAAGGCUUUAUUAACGCCAUGCCAGAUUUUCUCGCCCAGCAGGUCCGGCGACACCCAUUCCAGGAUAUAAAGAGCCUAUUGGAUGUACUGCAGCAUCAGCUGGUGGUGAACCGAGUUGGGGGGCCGGAGAGGUCUGCUCGCGGUGUCCGACAGGGGUGUGUCGCUGUCCCUGAGCCCCACCGCCGGACGCAAGAGACACCCGCUAAACCAAGAGAGAAACUCCCAACUUUGCCCCGCUGUUUCAAGUGUGGUGAGGUCGGGCACACCCUCCCCGCCUGUCCGCAGAAUGUGAAGAUGAUGGACUGCUCCUGUAUCAGAGGAAAGAGGUGAAGCCACACAUCCUCAAUGAAAUGGGGCUCAUCAUUCAACUGAAGAGGACUUACAUUUAAAUUCCGUUUGACUCAAUUCCGUUUAUGUUUCUCCCGAUCAGCCCUUCUUCAUUUAUGACUUCAUUCUCUUAGCUCCAUCUUUAAAACUUUAAGAAGUGAAGCUUCUGCUGAUCAUUCAUUAGGACGAUGGCUUCAAGGAACUUAAAUGAUAUCAAAACAAGGUGUCAGAGAAGUGCAGUCUGGGUUCAAACCUGUGUCCAGUAGGGGGCACUAGUGCUAUGGAAGGACCACAGAAAUGCAAAAUGGACUAGUCAAAGUCACCUAAAACAGAACAACAAGAAUAAAUAAUGAUGCAAAACAAUUCUACACUUAGUUGAAUUAAACAUUCAUUCACCACACUGUCCAAUCUCAGGCUCUGCUAGGAGACCCCACCUGAAGUGUUUGAAGGGUGGGCAGUUAUGGACUUAUGGAUUCUAAACUUCCAGGGCUGAGCAGGUCAGUGGUGGUGCUGCUCAGGACGGGCUCACAUUUUUAUAACUUUAAUAAUGUUUCAGUACAACACACCAAGUACAGUCUAACUGGGGGCUUCACCUGCUAUAAUUCUCUGGUAACUAACAACUUUCUCAGCAUUUGUCCUGUUAGAGCCCAAGAAAUACAACUGAUGCAACAUUAAAGUGAAAAAUAAAAUUCAAAAACAAGUAAUAAAAAGGAAAACCAGGCAAUGGAACAUGUCAAGUAGGACUACAGUAAAAUGCAUAAAGCAUACCAAAGAUAAUAUUUCAUAAGCAGGUUAUGUAUACGAGCUGAAAGCUUAUUAAAUACACUGAGCACAGUUACACCGCACUGAAUGCUGGGUGACCCGCUGAGGGGAUUCAUAUGAUUGCUGACCACCUGAGUAACCGCUGCUUGUUGUAUGUUGGCCUGACAUGCAUGUGAGAAUUUCACAGGAAUCAGAAGACAGCUUUACGAACUUUUUCUGCUGCUUCUAAAAAACUGAGGAAGGCUGAAAAAUGGCAGAGUUUUUAGUUUUACUGCAAAAUAUAGGAGGCUCCAAAGAAUACUGUACCAUUUGCAUGAUGGGAACGUGGCAGGCCCACCUCAGCCCAACUCUAUGGUGUCUCUGCUGCUUUUACUGUCUGUCAAGUGGACAGGUCACCUCAAGUGACUCUAACGUUUGUCUUAUGAUGAAUCCACACCUUAGCACAAUCUUCACAGAAAGACAUCAAAUACACUCUGCUCAUCUUCAGU